AUGGUUUUAAAAAUCUUAUCUUCACAACCAUCAUCAUCAUCAAAUUAUAAUGAAAAAGAUAUUAUUAUAUCAGAACCAAAAAAUUUCAAAAGAAAAACAUUUUCAGAAUCAAUAGAUUUAAAAGAAUAUAUUAAUAAAGAAUGGUUCACAUUAUUUAGAGAGAGUGGAGUAAAAAGAUCACAAUUAAAGAAUCCACUUGAAUUAUUAUACAUUUUUACAACGAUUUAUAAUUAUUUAGGACUUAAAGAUGGUGAUAUAACAAUAUUUAAAAAAAACCCACCAACAUCAUUUAAUAGGAAUAGAAAUGAAGAAGAAGAGGAGGAUGAGGAUAAAGAAGUUUGUUCAAUUUGUUUAGAAAAUAUAAAAGAAAAGGAAAGUGUAUGGUGUUGUAAAAAAUGUUCAAAUAAUUUACAUACUGAAUGUGUUUCAACAUGGGCAAGUUAUACCAAUAAAUUAUAUCAAUGGACUUGUCCAAAUUGUCGUAAUGGAAAUGAUCAUUUACCAAUUCCUAAAAAAUGA